GUUAUCCAGCAGCACCACAAAUCCCAACCCCACCAGCACCAGUGAACUUUGUGAGACCGUCUAAUGCUGUUCCUGCCCAGAGUGUAACAGCAAGGUGCAAUGAGACUGCAGUGUAUGUAGAGGUGAGAAAAGACCUGUUUGGUACUAGUGCACCCCUCAAUAUUGCUGCUCUCACACUGGGAGGCUGUGCUGCCAAAGGGGUGGAUGUUUCUUCUCAAGUCCUCGUCUAUGAAUCACCAUUGCAUGGCUGCAACAGCAAGUUGACUGUAAGUCUUCUAUUGCUAAAUACCUUAGUCUUGCUUUAAGCUCACUAUCAGACCUCAAUUUACAAUUGCAUCUCAUUCAGGUUACUGCAAAUGAACUGGUCUACAUCUUCACCCUUGGUAGUGCUUCAGCACCUAUAAGUAGUGCUCCCAUUUUAAGAAGUCCUGGUGCUAUGGUUUUCAUUGAGUGUCACUAUAUGAGGUACUGCUCCAUUCCAAGAUCUGUUUGGGUUUACUUGGGAGGAUGUGCUCAUUUGUGAUGGUCUUGUUUUGAAUGCUUCCCAGAUUCCACAAUGUGAGUAGCAGUGCUCUCCUACCUGCUUGGAUUCCAUAUGCUUCUGCUCAAGCUGCUGAGGAACGCCUCCUUUUCUUCCUGAGGCUCAUGACUGGUUUGUAUCAUGGUUGAACUGUAGCUUGCUUGUUUGAGGAUGAGUUACUAAUGAGUCUUCUUGUAGAUGACUGGAUAUUUGAAAGACCUUGGGACUACGUCUUCCAGCUGGGUGAGCUUAUAAAUAUUGAGGCAUCGGUGGUGCAGUUCAACCAUGUGCCCCUGCGUGUUUUUGUGGACAGCUGUGUGGCCACUGCUGUCCCUGAUGUAAAUGCAGUCCCCAGAUAUUCCUUCAUUGAAAGCCAUGGGUGCUUGAUUGAUGCCAAGAUUGCGCAUUCCAGUUCCCGCUUCGUGCCCCAAACUCAGGCGGCUAAACUGGGGUUUCAGCUGGAGGCAUUCAAGUUUCAGCAUGUGAACAGUAGCUGGGUAGGUGAUGACUGUUUGGGCAGGGGUGAUGGGCCUGUUUAGCUGCCAGAAUGUAACUUGUUCUCCCUUUGUUGCCAGUUCUAUAUCGCAUGCAUCUUGAAGGCAACAGCAGCAUCUGCCCCUGCUGAUGCUGAGCACAAGGCUUGUUCCUUCUCAGGCAAUAGAUGGACCGCUGCAUAUGGUGCUGACCAGGUAUGCAGUUGUUGCAGCAGCAGCUGUGGCUCGAGGAAGGGACGUGAUCUCCCAUCAGAGCAAGGUAUUUGGGAGAACCAUGUUCAUGUAAUUUGUCUUUGCAUGCUACAAGCUGAAUUGCCACUACACACCCAUGAUUCUGUUUGCAUUGUGGCUUUGUAACCUGUUCAUGCAUUUUACCUUUAUUUGCAGGCUUUCAGCUGG